CAAACGCAACGGCAUUCGACGGCAGCCGUGCGAGGUUCAAGCAACAAAACAACAGCCAACCCAAAGCCACCCACAGCCACAGCCACAGCAAAUAGCAACACAGCAACACAGAAACCGAAAGUAGCAAAGUAGAGACGAAAGAGCAAAAAUGGGCAGCUGUUGCUCCAAGGAUUUGGAUGAUAAGCGCUCCUGGAGCCCUGAGGAGACCAAAAACGGCAGCACCACAUCGACAAUUAUAGCACAGCCCAUGGAUGAUGUGGGAAGCACGGGUGUUUUUACCUUGACACGUACCACAGCGAACACAACCACAACAACAACAACGAAAGCAGGCACAACGACGACAACAACAACAGAAACAGCAACAACAGCUGAUUCUCCUGCCCAGGAUUAGCUGAGUAGCUAGCAAAAUAUUUUUGUAAUUACUACCUUUUUUUUGGUUUUGUUAAAUUUAUAUAUAUAUAUGUGUGUAUAUAAGUGUGCAUAAGUAUAUAUUAUAAUCUAUAUAUAUAUAUAAAUUUUAUUUAAUUUUUUUUGGUUUUGGAGUACAAAACAUUUGUGACAUGUGUGUUUGCAUGACAAGAGGAAGAAACGAGUGCAAACGUGAAGAAUGCUUCUCUCUCGCUCUUGCGUGUGUGUUUCUGUGAAUUAGUUAUUGCUGCCUCCCAACCAUCGAGUACUUAAUUGUUAUUAAUAUAAAGUUCACGUUAGUGCACAAAUGGCCAUUUAAAGAGUUCUCGAAAUACAAUUGUUGAAUAAACCUUGUGUGAUUCGUCAACCUUUA